AUGGUCAAGAUUGUGCCUGGAAGUAAUGGGACACCAUUAAAUGUACUGGAAUAUGAAGAGUAUGCAAAAGAAUAUUUACCAAAAAAUGCCUAUGAUUAUUAUGCAUCUGGAGCAAAUGAUAUGGUAACACUUGCAGAAAACCGUCAAGCGUUUAAUCGAUUAAUCUUGCAUCCACGUGUCCUACGUGACGUGUCCAACAUGACAAUCAGCACAACACUAUUAGGUCAUCGUAUUAGUUCACCCGUGUGUGUAGCACCUUCAGCAAUGCACCGUAUGGCUCAUCCAGAUGGAGAAAUUGCAAGUACUUCCGCUACGGCCAAGGCUGACACGUGCUACAUCCUCAGUACCAUCUCUACCACGAGUCUAGAGGAUGUGGCGGAAGCUAAUAGCAAAGCCAAUCCUCAUGCACUACGCUGGUAUCAACUUUAUGUGUUUAAAGACCGAGAGCUUACACGUGGACUUGUCAAGCGUGCCGAGAAGGCUGGUUAUAAGGCUAUUGUCCUGACAGUAGAUACGCCCAUGCUUGGGCAUCGCGAGCCAGACGUACGCAACCGCUUUAGUCUACCGAAUCACCUGACGAUGGCUAACUUUGCCCACGUGGGCGGUGCACAUGAACACGGCGUGAAUAGUCACAAGGACUCGGGACUUGCUAACUAUGUCAGUGAAUUAUUUGACUUGACGCUCAACUGGAACGAUGUCAAAUGGCUUAAGAGUAUCACUCAUUUACCUGUGGUAGUGAAGGGCGUGCUCAGUCCAGAGGAUGCCAAGAUUGCAGUAGAGAUGGGAUGUGAAGGUGUGUUGGUAUCAAACCACGGCGCCCGACAGCUGGAUGGCGUGGCAGCUACCAUUGAUGCGCUACCUGCCAUCGUCAAGGCUGUGGAUGGCCGUGCAGAAGUUUACAUGGAUGGUGGUGUUCGUCGCGGUACGGACGUGUUCAAGGCUCUAGCCUUAGGUGCUCGUGCUGUCUUCCUCGGUCGUCCCAUUUUGUUUGGUCUGGCCCACAGUGGCGAAGAGGGCGUUUCGAAUGUCCUUCGUAUUCUCAACGAGGAGCUCAAGCACGCGAUGUUGUUCUCUGGCACAGCUAAGCUUGCUGACAUUGGCCCUGCUUACGUCCGCCGUGGUGUGCCUCCGCUACCUUCGUCGCUGUAA